AUGCAUUCAUUGACGAAAAGAGCAGCCUUGCCUCAUAUAAAGCAGCAAACGAGGUUGCUUGCUCCCGCCACAAGCCAGCUCAAUCCGUUGCCUUCGUAUACAUUUAAACGCAAUGUUUCAUCGAAGGAAUUAACACCACAGCAAUUGCCAACAGACUUUCCCUUGAUGUCUCAGAAAACCGCAACAAGCCCCAUAGAUUACGCAUUGACGUCGUUGGACUCGAUUGCCAACUGGGCAAGGAAAUCUUCGUUUUGGCCCGUGACGUUUGGGUUGGCUUGCUGUGCGGUGGAGAUGAUGCACGUUUCAGCCCCAAGGUACGAUCAGGAUAGAUUGGGGAUUAUCUUUAGAGCCUCGCCACGUCAGAGUGAUAUCAUGAUUGUUGCUGGAACCUUGACCAACAAGAUGGCGCCUGCCUUGAGACAAGUCUACGACCAAAUGCCCGACCCCAAGUGGGUCAUAUCUAUGGGCUCGUGUGCCAACGGAGGAGGCUACUACCACUAUUCAUACGCGGUAGUCCGGGGCUGCGAUAGAGUUGUGCCUGUUGACAUCUAUGUGCCUGGAUGUCCACCCACUGCCGAAGCUUUGAUGUAUGGUGUUUUCCAGUUACAAAAGAAAAUGAUGAAAACAAGAAUAACUAGGUUAUGGUAUAGAAGUUAG